GGCGGGAGGAAGGAGGAAGCUGGGAGGCUACGCGGAGGCGGGCGGGCGCCAGUAGCCGCCGGGGCUGAGGCUGCCGAGCCAUGUCGGCGCACCAGCGGGGUACGGAGCUCGACCUGAGCUGGAUCUCCAAAAUACAAGUGAAUCAGCCGGCAGUUCUGAGACGUGCGGAACAAAUCCAGGCCCGCAGACCCGUGAAGAAGGAGUGGCAAGCUGCUUGGCUCCUGAAAGCUGUUACCUUUAUAGAUCUUACGACACUUUCAGGCGAUGACACACCUUCCAACGUUCAAAGGCUCUGUUACAAAGCCAAGUAUCCCAUCCGAGAAGACCUCUUGAAAGCUUUAAAUGUGCACGAUAAAGGCAUCACUACGGCUGCUGUUUGUGUCUACCCGGCUCGAGUGUGUGAUGCAGUAAAGGCACUGAAGGCUGCAGGGUGUGAUAUCCCAGUGGCAUCCGUGGCCACUGGCUUUCCAGCUGGACAGACUCACUUAAAAACACGAUUAGAAGAGAUCAGAUUGGCUGUGGAAGAUGGAGCCUCGGAAAUCGACGUGGUAAUUAAUAGGACCUUGGUGCUGACAGGCCAGUGGGAAGCCCUGUAUGAUGAGAUUCGUCAGUUUCGCAAGGCCUGUGGGGAGGCUCAUCUCAAAACCAUCUUAGCAACGGGAGAACUUGGAUCCCUUACUAACGUCUACAAAGCCAGUAUGGUAGCAAUGAUGGCAGGAUCAGAUUUUAUUAAGACGUCUACUGGAAAAGAAUCAGUGAAUGCCACCUUCCCAGUAGCUAUAGUAAUGCUACGGGCCAUUAGAGACUUCUUCUGGAAAACUGGAAACAAGGUGGGCUUUAAACCAGCAGGAGGCAUCCGCAGUGCCAAGGACUCCCUUGCAUGGCUCUCUCUCAUAAAGGAGGAGCUGGGGGAUGAAUGGCUGAAGCCUGAGCUCUUUCGGAUAGGGGCCAGUACUUUGCUCGCCGACAUCGAGAGGCAGAUUUACCAUCAUGUGACUGGAAGAUACGCAGCUUAUCACGACCUUCCAAUGUCUUAAACCAGCAACGAGUUCCGCAAAAGUUCUUCCCGACAGCAUUUAAAAAUUGUUUUUCUGCAUGAUUGCUAAAAUUACCUAAUUAAAAAAAUGAGGGACUAGGUAACUGACUUUUUUCCCUUAACAUUUCCAUUGAAUUUAACUCAAAGAAUGAAAGAAAAACAACGCAGCUAACCCACACACGGUCCCCAUUUCAGGCACAUCUGAAAUGGCCUUAAGUACUAGAAGAUCUGCAUUGUGGAUUUUGUGGAGGUUUUCUCUAAGAAAAACGUUAGUGGUAGCUUUGACAACGUUAAGUUCUACGGAAACAGUGUUGGAGUUGCCCAAGAGCCCCUGCCGUGGCGAAAGAAAGCGCAGCAUCCCUGAACGGCUCCUGUGCUCCCGGCGGCUGCGGGAGUCACUCGGCACUGAUUUCCCCACCGAGAAAACCCAUCUUUAAUUUUUGCAACACAGGCGCUUUAUUGUUUUGCUAAUGGAAUUUCUAUCAUUGUUAUAUGCAACUAUGGAUGUCACUGAAUUUUUUAAUUAAAAAAUUCCUGUAGUUUAUUAAAAAAAAACCCUUUAAGUUCUAAUAAUACAUAUUGAAAAGUUAAUCCAUUAAACAUAUAAAGAGGUUUUAUCAAUGACUUUCUGAAUCCAGUAGUCCUUGGGUAUUUAUCUUAGACAAAGUAGCUCAGUACACUAUUAAUAAAUAUAACUUAUGUCCAUAUUCUGAAAGUUUUUCUGGGAGGGUGAAUAGGGAAGAAGCAGGAGACACUAGCAUAGCACUUAAUAUGUGCUGAGCUUUUUACGUGUAUCAGUGUAUUUAAUCCUCAUUUAAUCUGUUACAGUAAGGUGGUGCAGUAAGGUUUUUAAUCCUCACAACAGGAAGUACUGACAUUAUCAUCCUUUUAUACAGAUGAGGGACUGAGGCUCAGACAGCUUAAGCAACUUGCCAAAGGUCACAGAGCUCAAAGGUAGCAGAGUCAAGAAUCAAGCCCAGGCAGGUGCAGUCUGAGUCUGUGCAGUCACGCCAGGUAUGUAAAACUGCCCCCCGGCACACACAGACACGUAGGCAGAGCCCGCUGUCAGCUAGAGGGACUGGUAAUGGCUCUGUGGGCUACUGGUCCCCUUGCUCUGUCUCUCAACUACCCACCUCUUCCUUUUUUGCUUGCUAGCACGUCUAUCACACUGUAGAACUUAAGUUUUCUUAAAUGGCAAUUUUCACGGAGAGCAUCUUUUUUCCCUCCCCAGACGAGUCUACAGCUUCUCCUAAGUGGAAAACCCUGGCCUGAGAGUCAGUUUUAGUUUCAUCUUCUCAUCUGUUGAAUUCUAGUUCAGCCUUUUCUUUCUAGCUUUAUGACCUUGGUCCAGUCAGUUUACUUCUCUGGACCUUCAGUUUCUCCAUCUGUAAAAUAAAGGGAUUAUCAAUAAAGGUGAUAUCAAGGUU